ACAAGUGUAAUAUAGAUUUUUUGAAACCUGCUUCUGGUCAUACAGAAGCUCAUCCUAAACAUACUUUCUUCUGCCCACCCGCGAGACGAAGAUGACGAACCUGACCUGGUUUUCUUCUUCGACGAAUCAGCGACAUCUUCUUCUCGUCAAGCUCGUUUCCGUGAUUUUGAUUGCGGGUCUCUCCUUUCGCUUCUUCUUCUUCCGCUCCGCCGAGAUUUCUCCGAUCGAAGUGUGGUUGGCCGGAAAAUUCAGUGCCCAAAUCUCGCCGCCGACCAUUGUUGUGCCCGAUAACGAGGACCUAAUUCCUCAAGAUGUCGUGACAGAGAAAUGUGAUCUCUUCACCGGGAAAUGGGUCCCGAAUCCAUCGGGACCGAUCUACACGAACAGCACUUGCCAUUUCAUAGUCCAACACCAGAACUGCAUCACCAAUGGCAGGCCUGACUCGGGAUUUCUCUACUGGAAAUGGAAGCCUCAUGACUGUUCAUUGCCUGCUUUUGAUGCUCAGAGAUUUCUACAACUCAUGAGGAAUAAAUCCUGGGCUUUGAUCGGUGACUCCAUAUCUCGUAACCAUGUCGAGUCUUUGCUCUGUAUGCUCUCCACGGUUGAAGAACCUGUUGAAGUCUAUCAUGACAAAGAUUACAGAUCAAAACGGUGGCAUUUUCCGUCGCACAACUUCACCAUUUCCAACAUCUGGUCCCCGUUCCUCAUCGAGGCUGUAAUCUCCGAAGACUCCAAUGGUGUCUCCAUGGCCAUUGCCCAACUCCAGCUCGAUAAACUCGACAAAACAUGGACCGAUCUCUACCCGAGCCUCGACUACACGAUAAUCUCCACGGGGAAAUGGUUCUUGAAAGCCGGGGUGUACCACGAGAAUGGAAAUCCCGUCGGCUGCCAUUUCUGCCCCGAGAACUCGAACCUCACGGAACUAGGGUUUGCCUAUGCGUACAAGAAUUCGCUGCGUAAUGUCAUGGACUUCCUCGUGAAUUCUAACAGUAAAGGUAUGACCUUUUUCCGGACAUCAACUCCUGAUCACUUCCAAGGCGGGGAGUGGCAUAACGGGGGGACAUGUCCGAAGACAGAACCAGUUGGGGAAGAAGACAUCAAGAACAAGGAUCUGAACAAGAUUCUUCGAGAUGUCGAAUUCAGUGAGUUCGAGCGAGCGGUUCGACAGAACGGCACAGCCAUGAGGCUUCUAGAUUUCACCGGAAUGCUACUGACUCGACCCGACGGCCACCCGGGUCCGUACAGAGAGUACAGACCGUUCGAGAGGGACCAGAAGACGAAGGUACAGAACGAUUGCCUUCACUGGUGCUUGCCUGGUCCCAUUGAUUACUUGAACGAUGUGAUCAUGGAGAUCAUAGUCAAUGGCUAAACUGGGUCGUAUUCAAUUUGCUUAACCGGGAGAAUUGAAAACCCGGUUUGAUCAGGGAGAUGGAAUCACACACCAGUGUAAAUUGAGACAAUGUGAUCAUGGAGGUCAUUGUUGACGGCUGAACCGGAUGGAAGAAGGGAAACCGGCUCGGUUUGGGUUUAAUUUCUUACUUUGUUGGUGCAAUUUUGGUAAACCGUUAGAAACUGUGUUGAACCGGAGAUUGGUACCGGAUUGUAGAUGGAUGAUUGCUCUUUGUUCAUAUUGCGUCUUUGCUUCAAAAGUAA